AUGUCCAACCCACCCACAACAGAACCCACUCCUCAACCGCCAACACCUGCCCUUCCGCCAUCAGCAGACUCCACGAUGCCUCCAGCUCCUGCGACCACUGCGGCUGAAGCCAGCACUAACAGUGUGGACACAUCCAUGGCUGAUGCGGCCGAGGUAGCAUCUUCACCCGCUCCGAUCCCCCAAGCUGCUGCCAGUGCUCCCAGCCCUGCUGCUGCUCCCGCGCGCACUGGAACCCCCAGCCGCAACUUGAACAACGGCGAGGCGAGCUCGCGCGCCGGCUCCGUUCACCCCGACGCGAAUGCCGUCAACCUCCCGAGCCAGGCGACGCCCCAUGGCGACAGCGCUCGCAUGUACAUCAACUCUACCGUUACUGCCGCGUUGCUGGAGGGCAUGAAGAUUAUUGGUAGAGACCAGCCGGCGGACCCUCUGAGGGUGUUGGGCGAGUUCCUCAUCCAAAAGUCGAGAGAGCGCGGCGAAGGCACCAACGCCAAUUAA